AUGGCGCGGGCGCUAUUUAAGGCGGGCGGGCGCCGUUCAGCACCAUCGGGCUGGCCAGCGGCGCUGCGCGGCCGCUGCGCGGGACUUGCGCGGGCGCUGCGCGGGGGCCAUGCCGCGCUCUUCCUGGUGGACUCGCUGGUGCUGCGGGAGGCGGGCGAGAAGAAGGGCGAGGGCAGCCCCCGCCGCCCUCUUCCCUACGCCGUGCACCCCUCGCACCCCCUGCCCGGGCUGCCGGCCGGAGCCUGCCACGCUCGCAAAGCCGGGCUGCUCUGCGUCUGCCCGCUCUGUGUCACCGCCUCCCAGCUGCACCCGCCGCCGCCCGCCAUCCCCCUCCUCAAAGCCUCCUUCCCCCCUUUCGGCUCCCAGUACUGCCACUCGCCCCUGGGCCGCCAGCAGCACUCCGUCUCCGCCGUCAGCGUCGGGCACCCCCCGGCGCUCUACCAGGGCGCCUACCCGCUGCCCGACCGGCAGUUCCACUGCAUCUCCGUGGACAGCACGUCCAGCCAGCUGCCCAGCAGCAAGAGGAUGCGCACCGCCUUCACCAGCACGCAGCUCCUGGAGCUGGAGAGGGAGUUCGCCUCCAACAUGUACCUCUCCCGGCUGCGGCGAAUCGAGAUCGCCACCUACCUGAACCUCUCCGAGAAGCAGGUGAAGAUCUGGUUCCAGAACCGCCGGGUCAAGCACAAGAAAGAAGGCAAAAGCAGUUCCCACCGGGGAGGGGGGCCCGGCCACAGCUGCAAAUGCUCGUCCCUUUCCACCACCAAGUGCUCGGAAGACGACGAGGACUUGCGCAUGUCUCCGUCCUCCUCGGGGAAGGACGACAGAGGUCUCGCCGUCACCCCUAGCCCCCCUGGGCCCCCCGGCUCCCAGGGACUGUGCCGAGAGCAGGAGGGGGAGUCCUGCCCGCUCCAGCGCCGACGUGCCGCCGGAGGAUUUUGUACCGUUUUCUACGAGCCGAGUCGUUGACGAAGGACUUCCUCGCCUUUCUAAG